AUGCAUUACAGUGUUCACGGUAGCAAACUCGAAGUUGUACGUGCUCCAAACAACACUGGUACGUAUACGAUGUUGAGACAUGGGAGCAAUGAAAAAGGAAACGAAAAAAAUCCAUGUCGGCAUGGACUUCUGAAUAAAUGGCGUGAAUUAUGGAAUCACGAUGGUCUCAAUUCACUGAAAUACCGACUGAUUUCAUUUGAUCUCUACAAACGAUUCUAUCACAUACACGUGGAUACUGAACCACCUUCAGAUAUUUGCGGAAUUUUGAAAAGCGAGCUGGUCACUAAGCUCCCGGACAGCAACCAAACAUCCUUCUUAAAGAAAAUGGCUCCAGUGCCCAACUUCACGAUUGCCGACCACUGCGGUAUCCAUGAUCGAUUUUCGCCAAUGAAAGCUGUAUCAUCAAAGUCCUCCUUCUACGAUGAUAAUCCAGCAACAUUGAUAAUUCUGAUGAUGUUCAUUACGUUUGCUUCUUUCGCUACAGUGCAUAUUUUCCGCAAAUUGUCACGAAUACGUAUAACGGGCUUUCGACGGACACCACAAGACGUUUCGGACUUUAUUCAACUUCAUACGGUUGAUUUGAGGAGACUUGCGUGA